UGCAUAAUACCAAAUUGCCAAUUGUAGGGCGAUGGUUCGAUCAUAUUCACGUGGGGUCCACUUGGAAAUUUCCAGGUGCCUUCUCCAUUAUCCUUCUCGUCUCUUCAUUUGAUCACUCACGAAACUCAGCGAUCAUAUCUCUUCAAAUCGUCUUUCAAGUUUGAACAUUUGAAAAAAAAAUACUAAAAUGGCUUCGACAUUUAGCGGCGAUGAAACUGCUCCUUUCUUUGGCUUCCUCUGAGCCGCUUCUGCCCUGGUUUUCUCUUGUAUGGGUGCUGCCUACGGGACGGCGAAGAGCGGCGUCGGAGUGGCGUCUGCUUUUGGUGGCCUUAUGUUUGGUUACGACAUUGGAAUUUCAGGUGGGGUGACAACCAUGGACGACUUUUUGAUUAAAUUCUUUCCCAAAGUCCAUGAAAGAAAGAUGCAUGCAAAGGAGGACAAUUACUGCAAAUAUGAUGACCAAUUUCUUCAGCUUUUUACGUCUUCACUCUACCUAGCUGCUCUGCUUUCAAGCUUUGCUGCUUCUAAGGUUUGCACCAAAUUCGGCCGAAAGCCGACGAUUCUUGCCGCUUCUCUAUUUUUCCUGGCCGGAGCGGCCUUCAGUGCCGGUUCUCAGAAUCUCUCGAUGCUUAUUAUCGGGCGUGUGCUCCUUGGCAUUGGCGUUGGCUUUGGCAAUGAGGCAGUUCCAUUGUUCCUAUCAGAGAUAGCCCCAGUCAAACAUCGUGGAGCCGUUAAUAUUCUCUUUCAACUCUUUGUAACCAUAGGGAUACUUUUUGCAAAUCUGGUCAACUAUGGCACAUCAAAAAUGCACCCUUAUGGAUGGAGAGUGUCUUUGGGGCUUGCUGGCGUCCCGGCCGCCAUGUUGUUCAUAGGUUCUUUGAUCAUCACCGAGACACCGGCGAGCCUGGUUGAGCGUGGAAAGGAGUCUUCGGGGCAUACAACGCUGCAAAAGAUUAGGGGUGUUGAGGAUGUCGAAGCCGAGUUCCAGCAAAUUGUAAACGCUAAUGAAAUUGCCCGAGGAGUAAAGCAUCCCUUCAAGGAACUCAUGAAACGCAACAGCAUGCCCCCUUUGAUUAUUGCCGUGAUGAUGCAAGUUUUUCAACAGUUUACAGGGAUAAAUGCCAUCAUGUUUUAUGCUCCUGUCCUGUUCCAAACUGGUGGAUUCAAGAAUGACGCUUCGUUGUUGUCCUCUGUGAUAACUGGAAUCGUAAAUGUUUUCGGUACUCUGGUCUCGAUCGGUACGGUUGAUAAGUUUGGUAGGAGGGAAUUACUUCUUCAAGCAUGUGUUCAGAUGUUUGGAAGCCAGAUUGCAAUUGGAGCAAUUCUUUUACACUACCUGCACGCCACUGAUUCACUAACAAAAAACUUAGCUAUUAUGGUUGUGGUACUGGUGUGUUUGUAUGUAAUGGCUUUUGCUUGGUCAUGGGGUCCUCUUGGUUGGCUGAUACCCAGUGAAACAUUCCCUCUCGAGACGAGAACAGCUGGCUUCGCGUUCGCGGUUAGCUCCAACAUGCUUUGCACCUUCAUCAUAGGUCAAGCAUUCUUGUCCAUGUUGUGUCAUAUGCGCGCCUUUAUAUUCUUCUUCUUCGCCGCCUGGAUAUUUGCCAUGGGAGCAUUCGUCUUGUUCUUGUUACCGGAGACAAAAAAUGUGCCAAUCGAUGCCAUGGUCUACACAGUUUGGAAUAAACAUCCUGCCUGGAAGAGGUUCAUGGUUGAUGAAAAUUAAAACAUAGAUGUGACCGUGGUAGGAUAGUCAAGUUAGUGUUUUAAAGGAUAAUUUUAGAAAUAAAUUCUUUACAAUGUCUAAAUCACUCGUAUAAUUCUGCGAGUUUUAUUUUAAGUAGUGAUUAGUUACUCUGUUUCUUAUCUUUUAGUUCAUGAUAUAUGUGCUGUGUAUCAUUAAU